AUGGGCUGCACAACUUCGAACCAGAACACUGUCGACAUACCCUUGUCUCAGCCCCCCUUAGCCCCGGACCAAGACCGACUUCAACAUGAGACCGUCACCUUCGACAACAACUCGCAGCCCACCGUGGUGGACAGCGACCACACCUUAUUGGACCACGACCGACUUCAACAUGAGGCCGCCACCUUCGACAACAACUCGCAGCCCACCGUGGUGGACAGCGACCACACCUUAUUCCAGCCCUACAGCGAAAGCAGCUGCGCUCCCCCCAGUCCAAAGCAGCUCCCGUUGGUGAACCGGCCGCCCCCAGAAACAUUGCGUACGACAAUGUUCAUCGCCAACGAACUGGGGCAGUAUCCUGACUCGGCCGUUGAUAACAUUUGGUCUGAGGCGUCGUCAGGUGCGCUGCCCCCUCCGACGACACUUGGUUCUGGUAUCAAUAUUUGGGCUAUUCAAUCCAUGCCUGGGCCUCAUUUGUCUGGAACCAACGGCAACAUUUGGGAAAGUAUGGACCCGCCAACGAACGAUCAUAGCAAGGUCGGACCGGGUUGGCAGUACACAGCCGACGACACGACGUAUUCUACAACGAGCUGCUUGAUUACGUCGGAAGGUCCCGUACAAAACGUGUGGAGCCACAUUGACAGCAGCGUUAGCUCAAACUACCCGCGUACAAUGUCUUCGUCGAGUUUACACUUCGACGGAAAUCACUCGUGUCCGUCCCUUCAAAGUACUACAUGUAGUACAUGUAAUGCCCUAUAA